AACUUUUAUUAAGAGAAAUAUGAUGUUAAUAACUGACUAAAUUAAAUAAUUCUCUUCAAUUUCUCUUCAUCUAACCUGGGUUACAUAAGCCAAGAUGAAAAAAAGCACCUGAGAAAGACAGAAACACACAGUAAUAGACCCUUUAAGUUUGGUGAUGGAAAAGUGGUCUAUUCCAGCAGAAAGUUGAAAAUUCCUGCAAAGAUUGGACAAACUAAGUGUCAUAUUGAAUCUGAAGUAGUCCCAGCAAAGAUUCCACUACUUUUGAGCAAGGCAUCCAUGAAAAGAGCAGGGACAGUGCUGGAUAUGGAGAAUGACAGUGCUGUGAUGUUCAGUCAACCUGUGAAACUUGACUUUACAAGCUCUGGCCAUUACUGUGUAAACAAUGAACAAUGAAAAAAAAAAAUCACUCAAAGUGAUGACUGUGUCUUGGUAGCUGCUGAAGAUGUCACUCUAACGGAACCAAAGAAUGAGGAUGUACAAAGUCAGUGUGAUGAGGAAAUACUGACAAUCUCAGAAAAACUUAGCUCAGCAGAAAAACACAAAAUCCUGAUGAAGCUUCACAGACAAUUUGGUCAUGCGUCUGCUGACAAACUGCAGACUUCUUGCUAGCUCAGGCAAUAAAGAUGCAGAAUGUAGUGUCAUUCUGGAAAAAAUUGUGAGUGAAUGUGAAACGUGUCAAAGAUACAGUAAGACCACACCAAAGCCUGCUGUUGGCCUACCACUGGCAUCUCAGUACAAUGAAACUGUUGCAGUAGAUCUGCAUGAACUUGAACCAGGUGUGUGGUAUCUCCACAUUAUUGACCAGUUCACAAGGUUUAGUGCAGGCAGCAUACUGACCACAAAGAAAUCUUCUGAAAUAGUGAAACACUUUGUUCAUGUCUGGAUAAGUGUACAUGGUCCACCUCAGAAACUGUUUAGUGACAAUGGGGGAGAAUUUAAUAAUGAUGAGGUUAGAGACAUGGCAGAAAAUUUUAACAUAGAAAUAAAGACAACAGCAGCAUACAGCCCGUGGAGCAAUGGACUUACAGAGCGACACAACCAAACACUUACAGAGAUCAUCAUGAAGGUGAAGACAAGUAACGGCUGUGACUGGGAUACUGCAUUGGACUGGGCUCUUAUGGCAAAGAACACCAUGCAAAAUGUCCAUGGCUACAGUCCUCAUCAGUUGGUGUUUGGACAGAAUCCCAACCUGCCCUCUGUAUUAACAGUCAAGCCCCCAGCUUUAGAGGGCACCACAAAAAGUGAAUGGGUGGCAAAACACAUCUCUGCUUUACAUGCGUCAAGAAAGGCUUUCACAGAAGCAGAAUGCUCAGAAAGAAUACGGAGAGCACUGCGUAAACAACUACGUCACACAGAUGAGAAAUAUAAAAUGGGUGAUAAAGUGCACUAUAAGAGACUUGAUUGUCCAGAGUGGAAAGGACCAGGAGUUGUUAUUGGCCAGGAUGGUGCAGUGGUGUUUGUCAGACAUGUAGGAACCUGCAUUAGAGUACACUACCUCAGACUAAGAAAAGUAAAAACUGACAGCGGAGAUCAACAUAUCAAUAAGGAUGAUGCUGAAAUUGAGACAAACAGUGUGCAAAGACAAGAGAUGACAGGAGCUGCUGUCAACAACACGGAGGGGAUAGAAACUGUAACCGAGAUGCAGCAGAGUUCAAUGCAAAUUGAGAACACAAGGGCAUCCACUAUUGGGCAGAAUGUAGCUGCACAAACCACAUGUGACGACAUAAGGACACAAAGUGAUACAGAGCAGGGAACUGAUGUCCGCCUUAAAACAGGGCAAGUUCUAAAAUACAGAGACCGAGACAGUGGGGCUUUGCAUACAGCAAAAGUACUAGGGCGUGCAGGCAAAGCUACUGGUAAAUACAAAAAUUGGUAUAAUCUUCUGCUCAUCGGGCUCACUAAUGUUGCAGGCAGUAAAGAUUCAGUCGACGUAUCAAGUUUAGAGAGUCUUCAAAUAGAACCCGCUGUUACUGAUGUUAAUACCACAAACAUCAGCGAGGAUGUAUUGGUAACAAAAGAUCUAUCCUUUGACCUAGCCAAACAAGAAGAGAUUAAGAGUUGGAAAGAUAACAAUGUGUUUGAGGAAGUUCAAGAUGAGGGACAAAAGUGCAUCUCCACCAGAUGGGUGUGCACUUUUAAGGAAACACUAACUGGACUAGUACCGAAAGCACGAUUAGUGGCCAGAGGUUUUGAGGAGUUUGAUGUGUUGGAGCUACAAAAGGAUUCACCCACGUGUGCUUCUGAGUCUCUUCGACUGCUUGUGGCAGUUAUUUGUCAAAGACAGUGGAAACUUCAUUCCAUGGAUAUAAAAUCUGCAUUUCUGCAGGGAAUAGAACUGUUACGCAACAUCUACAUCAGGCCUCCCCCUGAGGCUGUCUGUGAAGGAAAGUUAUGGAAGCUCAAAAAAUGUGUGUAUGGUCUAGCAGAUGCUUCACUUUACUGGUAUAACAGAGUGAAAGAAAUAGUGCUGAAACCAGGAGGAAAAAUGUCCAAGGUUGAUCCAGCUGCUUUUUUAUUGGCUAGAUCAGGACUCCAAUGUAACUGCCAUAUGUUCCAAGUACAUGUCAAAAGCCGACUGUACAAAGGAUUGCAGAGGCAACAAAGGACCUGGAGAAACUCACAGCUGAGUUAUCUCUACAGCAAGACACAGUCCAGCAGUGGGUGACUGAUGUUCAGCAGUGGACCUCAGGACCAACAAUCCAAAAUGACUUGCAGAGGACCAUUGAGGGGCUAUAUCUGGGCAUCAAACAGCGAAAAUUUCAGCUGUAUCGUCAGUCUGGUGGGAACAAGCGAAGGCAUCAACUGAGAAGAAAGAUUGCUUUUGAGAAG